UCGCUAUCAGCGUUGUCUUCAUUGUAACAGCUGAAGCUCAAGUGUCAGCAGUGGCUAGUUUCAAUGACCCGAGAUGUGCUGGGCAGAUGGUGUGUCCAAAUGACCCUCUUCUCUUCACUUGUACUGUCACUGAAAGUACUUCGGCUGCUGCCAGAGUAACACUACCCUCUGGAGAGGGAGUGCAAGUCACUAGUACCAACAUGACUGAAGUAGUUGGAGCUACUCUCUACCAGAUGGAGUGACUGUACAGUCUCACGAUGCAGUAGUGGAUGGAGGACUAGUAAACUACACACUAACACUGGCUAUCGAGAGAGCCUCACUGUUGGGUGGCAAUCCCAUCAUAUGUGAUGCUAGAACUGUGUCAUGUCGACAGAUGAGGCAUCAUGUCCAAUAGCCACAGACCCACCAGGUCCACCAGAGUCUCUGAGUCAGGUUGUAUCAGCCAACACUGAGACAUCAGCAGUGGUGCAGUGGGGAGUCUCCAGCCAUGACUGGAGGCAGUGGAGUGACCAUCAGUGAAUAUACAGUGACUGUUGAUGGUGGGAUGACCCAGACUGUCAGCCAUGAUGAUAGUGGAGAUGUCUUCACUGCCACCAUUACUGUACCACAGUUCAACACCAGCUACAGUGUGUCAGUGACUGCCAUCAACUCUUGUGGUCUCUCCAGUCAGCCUGCCACCACCACUGUCUUCAUUGAGGCCAGAGUUCCACCUCAGCCUACAGUACAGUCUCUUGUCAUGUACUGCGAUGUUCCUCUGAGUGGUGGUAGACCUGUUGUACUCAAUUGGACGGAGGGAGAGAGGGAGGUGGGGGUGGUGUAUCCAGGAGAGGAGAUGACAACAGUGGACCUGACUCCAGGAGGGACCAUAUGCUCUCUUCUCUCAACACCUAACACCAGUUGUACUGCUGACCAUUACCAAUGACUGCAGCAACUACAACAUCUCUAUCACUCUCUCUAAUGAUAUCGGGUCUUCUCAACCUGUAUCCAUCAUCUUUAACUGUGAGCUUCAGCCUUUAAGUGUGUGUUUAGCAACUUCAGAAAGAACUUUACACUGUGAACGAGUUUUGAUAUGAAUGGUGUCUCUCUAUUAGCUGCCCCAGUGGAGGUGGAGGAGGGAGAGAGUCCAGCUGGAGGACCUGCAGUCGUAGUCAGUCUGAACCCUCUCUGUCGCAGUGUCCCCUACACAGUGGGGCUGUCGUUUGGAGUGAGAGAGAACAGUGGAGAGACGUGUCUUCCUCAGCAGAACGUGACAGCCAACAUCCUCCCUGGAACCCCUGUCAUCCUGCCUAUUAAUGUCACUACUCUUCCUCUGGCAGAUGGCCAGCAAUACUGUUUCACAGUUCCCCAGCUAAACAUUGAAGGUGAUCUGCCUACUGCCAGUACAAGCACUUGUACUGACACUAGAGAAGAGAAGGAGAGUAUAUCAACUGGAGUUGCUGUGGCUAUAACACUGACCAUCUCUGUACUGGUAGGAGGAGAAAGAGGAGAGAGGAAGAAGAAGAAGAAGAGAGAGGAGCUUGUAGCAGCCAUCUAUGAGGAGCCAGUUCAUUCAGUGGAGACUGCCAUUCCUCUCUCUGAGAACCAGGCAUAUGGCCAGAUUCAGAUAGAUAUUCCACUAGGAACUGUCUGUGUGGAGUGUGUUGUCGAUGGAGUAGUAGACACAGCCACCACCACUUUCCUAAUUGGAAACUCACCAAUCACAAGCCUGGAUGGUGGAGUUCUGGUGGUUGAUGAUACUAGCAUGACGUUCCAGGCAUCCACUGCCCUGACUUUGCGGUGUGUUAGUGGCUCAGGGGCUGUAAGACAGGCUUCAGUUUUCUUGGACGUGUAUCUACCUCCGAUAAUCACGGGAGCAACUACAGUCAAUGAGGGAGGCACACUGUCCCUCUCCUGUGACAGCACAAACUCCAACCGAGAACCGUCUGCGCAGUGGUUCGACAAAGAUGGCCAGAUGGUGUCUUCAUCUGGAAUACUGAAUAUCCCCAACAUCAUGAGGUCUCAGGCUGGGAGCUAUACCUGUCGAACUUUUCCUCCAAACCUUGACAACUCUACCAGCACAACUGUGACAGUAGUCGUACAAUUGGGUGUGGUCAUUGGUUCCUGUGGCACAUUGUUUGCAAUUCGUAGAGGAGGAGAAAGAGGAGAGAGGAAGAAGAAGAAGAAAGAGGAGUUUGUAGCAGCCUUUAUGAGAGCCAGUUCAUUCAGUGGAGACUGCCAUUCCUCUCUCUGA